CUAAUACCGAAUAAAAGCACAGAGUGGCGUACCAAUAAUUUAAUAUCAGUUAGUGAUUCCCGCAUAAUGUCAGUGUAAAUAUCCACCGUCCCGGGCGUGCCUCAGAGUGUGAAUUUUAAACAGCUAUUGUUUAUCCCUACCAGCUGCCGAUGAAUCGACCUUUCCACCUGACAUUUUAUGAUACACUCAGAGAGAAGACUCAAUCACACUUGAAUUAUUCAUAGGUUGAUUGAGCGUAUUGUUCCUACGCCUUAUAUAUUUGGCAGUGCAAAUUCACUUCAGUUAGUUUCAAGCAAGUGCAUACAACGGUCGCAUGUAUUUUUUGUGAAUACUGAAAGCUUUCGAAUCCAAGCAACUAGCGUGCGACAGCUGACUGACUUCGGACAGAGUUCACAGAUAAUUCGUUUCCUGCUGAAGUGAAGAAAGUUUUCAAAGAUUUUAAAGAUGUCAGAGACGGACGACCAGCACAUAAAGCGACCUAUGAACGCCUUCAUGGUGUGGUCUCGCACAGAGAGGCGAAAGCUCGCGCUCAAAUACCCCAACAUGCUGAACUGCGAGAUAAGUAAACUCCUGGGUGCGGAAUGGAGCCGGCUCAGCGAAGAGGAAAAACGGCCGUUCGUAACAGAAGCCAAACGCCUCCGCACAAUCCACAACCAGAAGUACCCUGACUACUCAUACAAACCACGAAGACGCAAAAGCAAGACAGUCAAGUCCAAGGAUGUGUACUCCACGUUUGGUUACGCGCCCCCGACAGAGUCCCUCGCUAGCGGCUACUCGCUGCCCAUGCACCACUAUCUGACGCCGCACGUCCCGCCGCCGUAUACAGAAACAUUCAUGAUGCCCAUGGUAAGCCCUCCGACUUCAACAGUCUCCAAGAGGCCCAGCUAUCUCCCGGGAAGCUUUUCGUUGCCACCACAGAGCAGGCCAGAGUACCAUGUACCACUGACUCUCGUUCCCCAAAACCCUGGCUACCAGAACGCAACAAACGACCGAAUGAGCCCGUACUGUAAGUCACUUUACGGACAAUGCGCUCAGCUACCGUCCAACAUGCCCAGAUAAAGACAAUUAGAACUGUGCUAAGCACUUUUCUCUUAGAACACUUCACAAGAUGUUUUGAGAAUUGUUUAUGGAUUUGUAAAGUUUGUGCGUAGAAGUAGAAGUUUAGUUUUAAGUUUAAGAGCGGAAACCUUGCAAGUUCAUCCAUAAGUCGGUUAUAACAAUUUCGAGAUUGUUUGACUUUGUACAAACUACAAGCGUUCAUUUCGUUGCUAAUAUUCAAGCAACACAAAUGCCAAAAAAAAAAAACACGUUGUUUUCAAUUUUCCAGUGAGAGAUAGCUGAAAUAUAAUCACUAAAGAAUCUAGCUGUGUAGGUAACUCAAUUCAUGUAAAGUAACAAUUAGAUAACUGGAGUGAAAUAAUAAAAUAAGACACACGAUA